AUGGGCUGCUUUGUCUCGCUGUUCUACGACGUGAUCGUCGUCACGGUCGCGGGCCAGCUUUAUCGCGGCGCGGGCAAGACCGACCGCGACGAUCGGCGACGGCAGCACUGGCUCAGUCUGGCGUGUCUUGUCUUUGCGCUCAUGUCGUUGGCGAUGAGGAUUGAGGUCGUGGAUGCCGGGGGUGGGAGUGAGGGUGCUCGAUCAAUUGAUAUCAAGUUUCUUCACGCCAGAGUUACGGCAAAGAACGAGAAAGUGUUGGUCGAGAAGGAUUCUUGUGUUUGA